AUGACAGACGCAGUCACAAAGGACCAGAGCUGGGCGUUCGUCAUCGAGCACAUCGCCGAGAAAAAAGACGAGAGUACAAGUGAGGCCGUUUGCAAUGGCAUCUGGACCGAAAUUCUUCGGCGGCACUUCUCCUACCCCGACUUCAUCAUCGCCCCAGAACAAAGACAAACCACAGGCAAGCGCCCCGAUCUUACAAUCUUCUACGUGGAUAAGAAGAGGGACUUGUCCAGCUGGCAUCCCAUCUUCACUUUCGAAGGCAAAGCCCCCUACCAUGAGGAAUACAUGGUCAAUAAGGGGUUGGAACAAGCCUCUGGUUAUCUCAAAACCCUAUCGUGGUCCAACAGAAGGGAGAAAAUGACGUAUGGGAUGCUUGCGUGCGGCAAGAGCUUCAUGAUCCUGAAAUAUGAUCUCGUGCAGGAAAAGCUAUUCCGAAUCGACCCCAGCGAUCAAGAGGAGAAAGCGGAUGCCAAGACUUCGUCUCUCGAUACUCAAGCACAAGGUUUUGAUCUUUUCUGCAAAAACUUUGCGGCCUCAUUCCUUUGA